AUGGAGGUGAAGGUGGUGAAUGGGUUUAGAAAAGAAACAACAAAUUUGUACCCUCCCUUACUCUCGAGCAUCAGUUCAUCCAUCCACGCCAAGAUGAAUGUGGAAAAGCUACAAAAGAUGGCAGGUGCAGUUCGCACUGGUGGGAAGGGUAGCGUGAGAAGAAAGAAGAAGGCUGUACAUAAAACAACUACCACAGAUGACAAAAGGCUGCAAAGCACUUUGAAGAGAAUAGGUGUAAACGCAAUACCAGCAAUUGAGGAAGUUAACAUUUUUAAGGAUGAAACAGUUAUCCAGUUCUUAAACCCUAAAGUUCAAGCCUCUAUUGCUGCCAAUACAUGGGUUGUUAGUGGUUCUCCCCAAACAAAAAAGUUGCAAGAUAUUCUCCCAGGCAUUCUCAACCAGCUUGGGCCAGAUAACUUGGAUAACUUAAGAAAAUUAGCAGAGCAGUUCCAGAAGCAGGCGCCAGGUGGCGCUGAAGCUGCUGGCGCCACAUCAGCACAAGCGGAUGAUGAUGAUGAAGUCCCGGAACUUGUGGCAGGGGAGACUUUUGAGGCUGCUGCAGAGGAAGGACAAAAAUCAUAGGGUAAUUGAAAUGCACAUUUAUAUUUGCAUUAUUUUUAAGUGUUUUUUUUUGGCUUAAGAUAAUAUUCUAGAUAUGUUUCAUGUUGCUUGCAUAACAUGUAGGAAUAUGUAUGUUGUUUCUGUUGUUUUUUUUUAAUUAUGUAUUUUGGUCUUAGAAAACUUAAUCUCUCUGUUUCUGUUAAAUUUUGAGAACAUAAAUG